UUUUUGAACGACUUCGAAAACAACAACUUAGAGAUGCCGUCGGACCUAUACACUUGGACGUUAGAACUAAUAAAUGUGACGACGGAGCAUUAUGAGUUCGAAGAUGAUAGGGCGAAAGUCCUCCGAGAAAAGCUUUCCCAAAAGCUAGCCCCCAUCAUUUUGCAGCAAUAUAAAGGAAGAAGUUCAUGCGAUGGAGUAUCAUUCGUUAAAGUAGAGCGAUACUUCAUUGCUUACCAACUAUUUCUUGAAAUCAAGAAUGAGCUGGGACUAGGUGGUUGUGACCCUACCGUUCAAGGCGCGAUUUAUUAUAAAGACCAUUGGACACAAUUAAGUUCAAUACAAAUCAGUGAAUGUUGUUGUGCCCCAUCCUUCAUAAUAGUAGUGGCGGGACCAUGGAUUUGUGUCCUCGGUUGUAUAUUUCUAUCCAAAGUGAUAGUCCAACCACUAACGGACUUUAUACCGUUAACCAUAGGCGUGGAAGACUUUGACCAAGUCGAAAGGAUCGUACGGCUUUUUUAUGCGUUGCAUCUUGCCAUUUGUAGAUUAGAAGAAUUCUACAAAGGCCUGGACAUGGUCGUAAAUGACCAAAAGUAUUUCCCCUACUUUAACCAUUAUAUAACUGAAGGGAAAAAAAUGAUCUCUUUCACAUAUCAUUAUCAAUUCGAAUCGGUAUUAGCCUGGAAGGCAGAAACAGUAGAUGGGCGUAUAGUCGUCGUUAAAUAUUUCCGUGAAUAUAACAUUGAAGCACAUGAAUUUUGUGCAAAAAAAAGUUUCGCGCCAAAAAUUUUGCACGUGGCCAAUCCCGAAGAACUCCGGAAGUUUUCAGUAGUCAUUACUGACUUCGUCCCCGGCACUAUUUUAAUUAAGAAAGACAAAAUUCACCCGAAGUUUUACCAAGGCAUUUAUGACAAUGUGGAGUCCAUUGUAAAUUUUUCACAUGAACAAAAUUUCGUGUGUGGUAAUCUUAGCCCUGCAAAUAUCAUAACAAAUGAAAAGAACGGAAAACCGGAAACAAUGUUGAUUUCAUUUGAUCGGUGUGGGAUUCAUCAGGUGAAUAAAUAUCCACCUUCAAUUAAAAAUAACAAUUUGCCAUCAGGAGUUGGUCCCGGGUCUUUGCUCGACAAUGCACAUGAUACAUAUUUCAUGACUGAAUUAUGGGCAUUCUUAAUGUCGGAAUAG